AAUUCAAACCCCGGCCCCGCAAGCGCCGGCGGCGGCUCCGGGAAAAGGCUGCGCUGGGGAGGGACCGGCGUUGGGAUCGGGAUCGGGAUCGGGAUCAGGAUCGGGAUCAGGAUCAGGAGCAGGAGCAGGAGCGGGGCCGGUCCGGAUGGGCUUGGGGAGCGGCGGGGCGGGCGCGGCCCCCGCCCACUGCCCGGAGCGCAGCCCAGGAAAGCUGGACCCUGGAGUCCUCUCCUCAGUGACGUGGCUGCUCGGACAGGGCCUCCUCCUGCUCCUGCUGCAGUAGCGAUGCUGGUGUCCCCACAGAGCUGCAGUGAGGAGCUCUUGGCUCUGGCAGGAGUGCCCCCCGAGCCGGUGGCCAUGGAGUGAGCCGUGCCCGGGGUGCGUGGGCACUGCAGGACGCUGAAGUUUGGCUGCCCCCGUCCCGUCCCAGCCGAAAUCCCACCCCCCACCUUCCCCAUCCCCCGCGCCCCUCCCGCCUCUGCCAUGAAUGAUGCAUCGACGAUGGAUUAUGAACUGCUCUCCCCGUCCCUGGUGGAGCACCCGGCCGGCGCCGCGGGCAUGGAUGCCGAGCAGAAAACUGUCUUUGCCUUCGUCAUCUUCCUCCUGGUCUUCUUGGUGAUGCUGAUGGUUCGCUGCUUCCGCAUCCUGCUGGACCCCUACAGCCGCAUGCCCGCCUCCUCCUGGACCGACCACAAGGAGGGCUUGGAGAGGGGCCAGUUUGACUAUGCCCUGGUGUAGAGGGCAGGGCCGGGGCGCCCCCCGUGCCCCCCACCCCGGCCGGCCCCGGCCCCGGGCCCCCCUCCCUGGGCGCUGCUGCCCCGGGGAUGCUCCGGGCACCGGGGCGGGGAGCUCGGGCUCUUGGCCGGGGAGGAAAUGUGUGUGUGUGUGUGGGAGGCAGUUUUCUAGGGGUUUCUCUCUUUUCUAAGCACUUUUCGGUUCUCUUCGCAGCCCGCGGGACUCCGGGGGAGGAUGGGGGUCGGGGUGGUGCCCGCUGCCCACCCUGCCCGCGGGGCAGGAGGGGACGGGACAGGGCAUGGCGGGACCUGCCCUCGGCCACGGCCCGCGGGGCUCUGCCCGGUGCCACGGCAGAGCUUGGACCCCCUUCCCCGGCUCCUCCUGCCCCCCUCCCACGCCGCCCCCGCCCCGUCCGUGUCCCGCGGGGAGUGCUGACCGUGGUCCAGUGUGUGUGCGUGUCCCCGUAGCUGAGCUGUGUCUGUCAGGGGGUUUCCAGGCACCAGACCCAAGUGCUGGCUUUGUUCCUCUCUGUGUGGCAGUCCCCAAGAACCUCCCUCCCCC